UCUGAGACCUCUGUUUGCGACAGUGUUAGCAGUGAACCAAGACAACACCGCUUUUAUGGACAAUCAUUGUGUAACCGCCGCAAUGUUUCAAGCAGCGCCGAAAAAAAGUGAUUCAAUCCCUAUAUAUAAACGUCCUCCGGGCUGUAGUGAAAAUAUCUCCCUUUUUAUUGAACACCCAAUAUCCAUUCUAGUAUACUAGUAUAUAUCAGGUAAUAGCCACCCACCUUUCACUACCCCCGCCACGCGAGAGCCCCGCCUGCGCGUCAUUUGCGAACUUUUUGGCAGCCGAUUAAGGAACUACAGAGUGACUAACUUCCUCUUCAAUUCCCAAUUGCGCAACUUACACCACCGAAUUUACCACCUACAAUCUAUAUCAACAAUGUCUUCAUCUACAACUAUAACGACCAUCGACCUGAAAGGCGCCCUCCCAAAGGUAGCCUCCGGCAAAGUGCGCGACCUCUACACCAUCGACGAAUCGACCCUUCUCUUCGUCGCCAGCGACCGGAUAUCCGCCUACGAUGUGAUCAUGGACAACGGCAUCCCCGGCAAGGGCGCGCUCCUCACCGCGAUGAGCAAAUACUGGUUCCAAUACCUAUCCUCCCAGAUCCCCGGCCUCCAAACGCACUUCAUCGCCAGCGGCCUCCCCCCAACUCUCGAAACCCAACUCGGCCCCGACGUCGCCGCACCGCUCCGCAUCCGCAGCAUGCAGGUGCGCCGUCUGCAAGUGUAUCCCAUUGAGUCCAUCGUCCGCGGCUACAUCACCGGCUCCGGAUGGGCUGAGUACAAGAAGUCGCAGACGGUCAACGGGAUCCCGCUCCCCGCGGGGCUCAUCGAGGGCCAGAAGCUCGCGACGCCGCUGUGGACGCCGAGCACGAAGGCGGAGCUCGGCGACAAGGACGAGAACAUCAGUCCUGCGGCGGCUGCGAAGAUCGUGGGGCAGGACGUCGCGGACGAGAUCGAGCGGCAGUCGUUGCAGAUCUACAGCGCGGCUGCGAAGCGCGCCGAGGAGGUGGGGAUCGUGCUUGCGGACACGAAGUUUGAGUUUGGGUUGGAUAAGGAGACGGGGAAGGUGGUGUUGAUUGAUGAGGUGCUCACACCGGAUUCGAGUCGGUUUUGGCCGAAGGAGACGUGGGAGGAGAAUCUUGGGAGGGCGCAGCCGAGCUUUGAUAAGCAGUUUCUGCGCGACUGGCUCACGGAGAAUAAGUUGAAGGGGAAGGAGGGCGUUGUUGUGCCGGAGGAUGUGGUGAAGAGGACGGCGGAGAAGUACCAGGAGGCUUAUGAGAAGAUCACCGGCCAGAAGUGGUAGACGGGCGAGAUGCUCAUUGCGUCGAAGGGACUCUCUGUUAGCUUCGGCGCAUGAGAAUUAAACCCCAAUCAUGUAGUUAUGUACAAUACGAAAAUACAAGACAAACCAAUCCCAUAUAUCAGAGGGGACUAAGCAACCAGACCUGCCU